AUGUCGGACAAUGUGAGGAACAUUAUAGACAUUUUGGAACUGUUAGAAGUGGACAUUAAUAGGAAGGCUGUUUUAAUUUUUGUGGACGCGGAGAAAGCCUUUGACAAUAUUGGUUGGAGUUUUAUGAAGAAGAAUCUCCAAGGGAUGGGGGUAGGUCAAGGGUUUGAAAAUGGUAUAGGUGCAAUAUACUCUAAACAAAAAGCAAAGUUAAUUGUAAACAAUGUGGUAACGGAAGAAAUACCUAUAGAAAAAGGUACACGACAGGGGUGCCCAAUAUCCCCUCUAUUGUUUAUAUUAGUCCUGGAGGUUUUGUUAAAUAUGAUUAGAGGAGACCAGUUGGUUAAAGGAGUACAAGUCGGAGCCAAACAGUACAAGUUAAGGGCAUUUGCAGAUGACCUAGUAUUGACCUUGCAACAGCCAGAUACUAGUACUAAAAGAGUAUUAGAACUAAUUGAGAUAUUUGGUCAAGUAGCAGGAUUUAAACUGAACAAACAGAAAACGAAAGUGUUGGAUAAAAAUUUAACAUUGGCCGAAAAAGAGAAGUUUCAGAAUGAAACAGGACUAGUGAUAACGAAAAAAGUAAAGUACCUGGGGGUAAACUUAACAUCUAAGAAUGUGAAUUUAUUUAAGGACAAUUAUGAUAAAUGUUGGACAGAGGUAAAGAAGGAUCUAGAAAUAUGGUCAAGGUUGAAACUUUCUUUGUUAGGCCGAAUUGCUGUUAUCAAGAUGAAUGUAUUGCCUAGAAUGUUGUUUUUAUUCCAGACAUUGCAGAUUUUGGACAAGAUGGACUGUUUCAAGAAGUGGCAGAAAGAUAUAUCUAAAUUUGUCUGGCAGGGCAAAAAGCCCAGAAUAAAAUUUAAGAAUCUAACUGAUGCUAAAGAUAGAGGGGGGUUUGCCCUGCCGGACUUAAGACUCUACUAUGAAUCGGCGGCUUUCUGCUGGUUGAAACAGUGGCUACUUCUUGAGAAUACAGAUAUUUUGGAUCUAGAAGGGUUUGAUAAUAGAUUUGGUUGGCAUGCAUAUAUAUGGUAUGAUAAGGUAAAACAGCAUAAAGGUUUCAAAAACCAUAUUGUUAGGAAAGCAUUAUACAAUGUUUGGAUGCGGUAUAAAGAUCUAUUGGAAAGUAAAACUCCCAGGUGGUUGUCACCAAUGGAAGCUAAAGAGGUGAAAAAACUUAAUAUGGAGUCUAAAUGGCCAAAAUAUUGUGAAAUUCUAGAACAAGAUGGGGAAAAAGUUAAAUUACAGAGCUAUGAGAAAUUAAAGUCCAAAGUGCGAGAUUGGUUGCACUACCUUCAGAUAAACGAGACAUUUAAACAGGACAGGAAAAUAGGUUUCCAGAUGGAGAGGUCAAAAUUGGAAACAGAACUGUUAGAACCCAAUACUAAGAAUCUGUCGAGAAUGUAUAAUCUGCUGUUGAAAUGGAACACACAGGAUGAAACGGUGAAAUCAGCUAUGAUAAAAUGGGCACAAGAUAUCGGUCAUAACAUUAUGUUUGCUGACUGGGAACAGUUGUGGACCACCGGUAUUAAAUUUACGGCAUGUAAUGCCUUAAGAGAAAACAUUAUGAAAAUGAUGUAUAGGUGGUACAUGACCCCAGUCAAGCUUGCAAAAAUUUAUCAUCUGCCCAAUAACAAAUGUUGGAAAUGUAAUGAGACUGAAGGUACUUUUUAUCACCUUUGGUGGACCUGCCCGAGGAUAAAAGCUUUUUGGGAAAUGAUCUAUAAUGAAAUUAAGAAGGUUCUUAAAUGGACCUUCCCUAAAAAACCAGAGGCUUUUCUCUUGGGCAUUGUCGGCCAAUUGGUGAGAAGGAAGGACAGGACGUUUUUAUGUAUGCGACAACAGCAGCAAGGAUUCUUCUAG